CACGCCGCCACGGCCGGUGACGUCGCUGCACCCCAGCCCUCGCUGCCGCCUGCACGCCCGCCGGGGUCUCCGCUGGCCGUCUGCCAGCCCGGGGACCGCCCUCGCCUGCGCCCGCGCCCCGCAAGACAUGUCCACGGCAGCAGACGCGCGACGACUCCGCGAAGGCAUAGGCACCCGCCGCUCGGGGUGAAGCUGUGCUGUGCGCCACCCCUCACGCAGCCACGCCGCUCCCAGCGCCCACGCCGCCCUCACCAUGACCAUGGUCCGGCAACAUCCCCAGCACGCGCACCCCCCGCCGCCGCCGCCGCUGCUCCGCCACAACAGCACCCCCGAUGGCCUCCACCUGCACCCGCGCCCGGCCCAGUACGCCCACCCGCUGUCGCGCCACAACUCGUACACGGCCGCCUCCGACUCGCGCAAGCCGCCCGAGCACAUGCUCCGCCGCAAGACCCCGAACGGCAUCCUCGCAGCCGCCUACGAUGGCACCUCGGUCGAGGACAACGGCGCCCCGCACGCCACCAAGCACAUCCUGCUGCCCGUCACCGCCGACGCCAGCCUGCCGUACGCCAUGAAGCAGGACCUGGCCCUGCGCUCGCCCAGCGUCAACGGCCCCUACGCCCACUUCAAGCAGGAGCGCUCCGCCGACUGGAGUCCGAGCCUCUACUUCGAGACGGGGUCGGGCCGGACCAGCCAGCACAUCCCCCAGAUCGACUCCAUGCUCAACCAGAUCCCGCCGCUGCAGCCAACCCAGCUGCCCUACCAGAUGUACGGGCCGCAGUUCGGCGGCGUCAUGGGCCCGGGUCUGCAGAGCCCGUUUGCGCCCACCGUGUCGAACGACCAGGGCCCGUUUGGGCCCUACUGGCCGGACGGCGCCUACGUUCCAUACCAGCCAGCCGCAAUGCGCGACCCCCCCCACCCCCAGCACCACCCGUACGUGGCACGCGGCUUCAACAGCGGGCUGCCUGUCGGCCCUGCCUUUACUCAGCAAUCCUAUCAGCUUAAUCAGCCCAUGUACCAAAAUCCCGGCGCCAUGGGCCAUGAAUACCCGGCUUUUGCACAGGGGCACAACAUGAACUUCCAGUCUCCAAGCCUGCCAGCCCACAUGCUCCAGGCUCGCCAGGACUACUUUGCCGCUGGCCAAGCAACGAGCGUGCCUGGCCAGUCUCCUGUUGUCACUCCACUAACCGAGUACGGGCCGCAAUCGCCGAACGGGCAGUCCAGGGAGAAGGUUUUCGCGUGGGCUCACACCGUCUACGUUGAUUUGCUCAAGUUUCUGCAGUCAACGAGAAAGGCACACAUGCAGCAGAACCACGGACGCCAGCUGCACAGACCGCACAUCUACCCAAAGCCUCCUCGACAACCGGGGGCUAAUCUAGGAAAUGACUCGAACGGCAACUCCCGACCGUCCACCCAGCGACGCCUCUCGUCACCUUCGAUAAGCUCGCAAUCGCCGUUCCAGCCCCCAUCGGACAAGGCCUCCAAACGGCCUGCACACUACAGAUCAGCGUCGUCGUACACCUCGAUCGGGCUAGACGCCAAUAACCAACGUCAGCCUUGGCAGCAUGCGGCGCAGCAAUACCCCAUGCUACCGCAAAUGAGCGGUAUGGAUCCUGUGCGUACUCUUCGGCGGGCCUCCGGUUCCGUCUCCAGCGUCCACCAAGGCCUCCGCUCGGAUGUGCCCCCCAGCAUGAUAGCUGCGUCUGCCCUGGAAGCGAUAACAAAGCACUGCGAGGAGAGCAAGUGGAAAUGGAUAGACGGCAUGCUGCUCGGCGGUUGCCUUGCGUAUGCCUUGGGAGAUUACCAGAAAGCCCAGACUUGGUACCAACACAUCCUCACGUUGGACACUGAUCACGUGGAGGCCAUAUCCAACCUGGCUGCUACUGUCCUUGCGCUCCAUCAAAAGCAAGAUGCCGAACGGUAUUGGCGACAGGCUGUCAAGCUGCGUCCAAGCUAUUUCGAGGCUGUCGAACACCUGAUUGGUCUGUUAUGCAGCGACCAACGAGGACGGGAAGCCGUCCAGGUCAUCGAGCAGGUCGAGCGUGCGUUGCGGUUCGCCAGGAGAACCGACGCUCUUAGGAGCCUUGAGCUCGAGAGCGAACGUCCGUGUUCAGGUGUCAGUGAAUCCCCAGAGUUAUCGGACGUCUCGGACAGGCCGCUAUUUGAAUUUGAAGGAGAGGACGAAUCGAUAUUCAAAGAUCUGGACGAACUUCCUGGCUCUGAUCAACCCGGCUUUGGCUCCAGCGGAUACGCGAUACCCGGGUGCGACAAUGGUCGCAUUCUUGCUCUCGUACAUGCCAAGGGCAACAUGUUGUAUGCUCUUGGGAAUAACACUGAAGCAGCAAAGGCUUUCGAGAACGCCGUCUUGAUUGGAGCCGGCACUCAUGCCAACGGCAUCGGGGGAUUGAUCAAGCGCAUCUUGUCUGUCGUCGGUUACGAGGCGUCAGAACGAUCACCUGGUGGUCGCCGAGUUGCGCCAUCCUCGGAUCCGAUUCUCCUCCCACCGGACUCGGCCACUCGGACUGCGCACUUGUGCUUUCCUCCUCAUGGCCAACUGCCAGGUCUUGCACAUGUUGCGAGUGACGGCCUCGCACGCAAAGCAGCCAUCUCAACAACGAGUAACUCCUUGUUAUCUCUGGCAAAGAUAUUCCAAGAUGGCAUGGCGACCAACUCGCCCAGAUCUGCCAGCUACCAGAGCAAUUACGGAGUCCCGCCUUCGAAGCCCAUAAACGUGUCGAAUCCCGCGCCGUACCCGCAAAUACCAGGACUGGUCCCCGGCAGUGGCAUCGCACUUGCCUUAGCAUACUACUACUUCGGCCUGCAGCUCGAUAAACGCCACGCACACCUCUACACGAACCUCGGCAGUCUGCUCAAGGACAUCGGCCAGCUGGAUGUUGCUAUUUCCAUGUACGAGCAAGCAGUGAGCUGCGACCAGAAUUUCGACAUUGCGCUAGCCAACCUUGCAAAUGCUGUCAAAGACAAGGGUCGUAUCAGCGAUGCCAUCGUCUACUACAAGAGAGCAGUCAAGUCUAGUCCCGAUUUCGCUGAGGCCGUCUGUGGGCUUGCAAAUGCGCUCAACUCGGUCUGCGGUUGGAAUGGAAGAGGAGGCAUCGCCGAAGGUCUCGGUGCACGGGACCGUUGGCACGUGGAUGAGAACGGGAUGCUGCUAGAUGCAAGAAUUCCCGGCGCCUCCAGCUCUGGGUGGAUCCACAAGGUCGUCAAGCUGGUCGAGAAACAGCUCGCUGACGGCGAGGGCUGGGGUCGCGGUACCAUGGACGAACGCUUUGUGAAAGGCCUCUGUCGUCCGUUUGUCCUCACAAGCAACACCACCGAAGACAUCAAAGAGAAGCAGGCCAGUAUGGUGAGCGUGGUGACUGGAUGGAGAGGACAGAAAUGGGAGGGCGCGCGCAUCGUUCGCCUGGCUGAGCGCGCCAUCAAACGCCUUACCUGGCAGUGGUACCAGGACCGCUAUGUGACCAGGAAAGACCGAUCGCUGGAGAACUACAGCAGGCCCCAGCUGCCCGCUGCGUUGACUGUUCCUGCAGCGCCUACGGUUCUCCCAUUCCACACAUUCACUUGCCCCAUGUCGGCUGAGCAGAUCCGGAUGAUUUCGCAGCGCAACGGCCUGCGUAUCUCCUGCUCCACUCUGAGGGCUCCUUGGCUUCCACCAACAGUCUUCCAGCCUCCUGCUCCACCGAAGCCGUAUCUGAAAGUCGGAUAUGUCUCGUCUGACUUCAACAACCACCCCCUGGCCCAUCUCAUGCAGUCUGUGUUCGGCUUGCACGACACGACCAAGGUCAAGGCAUACUGCUAUGCUACAACAGCAAGCGACGGCUCGGAGCACCGCAAGCAGAUUGAGAAGGAGUCCCCGGUCUUCCACGACGCCAACAACUGGUCGGCCGAGCGCCUUGUGAAGCAAAUCACCAAGGACGGCAUUCACAUUCUGAUCAACCUCAACGGAUACACCAGGGGCGCACGCAACGAGGUCUUCGCUGCCCGCGCAGCUCCAAUCCAAAUGUCGUUCAUGGGCUUUGCCGGCACACUAGGCGCCGAAUGGUGCGACUAUCUUCUCGCAGACGACACAGCUGUGCCUCCCGACACACUCCGCCAGUGGCGACGUAAUGUCGACAUGGAAGACGCGCUGGUUGAUGAGAACAGUGGAGGGUCGGACAAGGACUGGAUCUACGCAGAGAACAUCAUCUUCUGUCGCGACACGUUCUUCUGCUGCGAUCACCGGCAGAGCGCACCCGAUGCGCAAGGCAGGCAGCCCAACUGGGAAGAAGAGCAGGAACGGAGAUGGGCUAUGCGAAAGGAGAUCUUCCCACAGCUACGAGAUGAUGCUAUCAUUCUCGGUAACUUCAAUCAGCUUUACAAGAUCGAGCCCACCACGUUCCGCACCUGGCUCCGUAUCCUCCAGCGCCUGCCCAAAGCCAUCCUAUGGCUUUUGCGUUUCCCCGACCUGGGAGAGACGAACCUCAAGCAGACAGCCCUCAUGUGGGCUGGCCCUGAGGUUGCUAAUCGAGUUAUCUUCACCGACGUUGCGCAAAAGCAUCAGCAUAUCUCACGCGCGAGGGUCUGCGAUCUCUUCCUGGACACCCCAGAGUGCAACGCACACACCACAGCCGCUGAUGUCCUCUGGUCUGGCACGCCUCUGCUGACGCUGCCCCGCUACAAGUACAAGAUGUGCUCCCGAAUGGCGGCAUCCAUUCUCAAGGGCGCCCUGCCAAAGUCUCCAGAAGGCACACAGGCUGCGAAGGACCUCAUUGCCUCGAGCGACGAAGACUACGAAGAAAAGGCUGUCCGGCUUGGCAGCGAGUGCGUCUACCAGGGCCACCGCGCCACAGGACGCCUGAGCGAGCUCCGCAGAAUGCUCUACAAAGCGCGAUGGAACAGCGCGCUGUACGACACCAAACGAUGGGUCAGAGACCUCGAACAAGCCUACGAAAUCGCCUGGCGGAAAUGGGAGAGGGGCGAGGGCGGCGACAUCUGGCUGCAAGACUCGAAACCGCGAGUCGAAGAACUUGCAGACGCGCCCCAUAAACGAUAGGUAGCACAGGAGGCGGACCGCCUAGACGAGUACACGUUCUGGAUACUUCUUUCGCGACACACUUCUGCAUUUAGCGAGCACACAUACACACCGCACACCCCGCUGUUGACUUGGGCCCGCACGGCUCUGAUACCCCAUUUAGUUCACAUGUACGCAUUCUUUGGUUAUUGUCGC